AAUUGGAAUUAGAAUUAGAAUAAAAAAAAAAAAUGGAGUGGAGAAAAUGUUAUCUGGAUUUAAUGUUAGUGCCAUUAGGAAUUCUUAUGAGUAUUUGUUAUCAUAUUUGGUUGUGGCAUAAGACUCGCACACACCCUUUUUCCACCUCUAUCGGAAUCAAUGCUAAUGCUCGACGAUUUUGGGUCCCUGCCAUGUUGAAGGACAUUGAAAAGAAGAACAUCUUAGUAGCUCAAAGUCUCCGAAACCUUAUAAUGGGAUCAACUCUCAUGGCCACCACCUCCAUUCUUCUCUCGGCCGGCUUAGCGGCCGUGAUAAGCAGCACUUACAGCGUAAAAAAACCUCUAGACGAUAUUACCUAUGGCGCACACGGCGAAUUUAUGGUGGCGCUCAAAUACGUGACGCUUCUUACCAUAUUCUUGUUCUCAUUUUUCUGCCAUAGCUUAUCAAUUAUGUUCUUGAAUGAAUUGGCCAUACUAAUUUGCACACCACAAGAAGCACUCUCUAAGUCUAUGGUAACACCGGAAUAUUUGAAUGAGAUUUUGGAGAAGGGAACUAUUUUGAACACUGUGGGGAACAGGAUCUUCUACUUGGCACUCCCUUUGUUGCUUUGGAUCUUUGGCCCAAUCCUUGUUUUGUUGUGCUUCAUGGCUAUGUUGCCGGUGUUUUACAAUCUUGACUUUGUUGUUUGUUGGAGUUCUUCUAAUCAUGGGAAAUCAAACAUGAUCAUCAUCAAUGCCAAAAGUGAUAAUAAUGACUAUCUUUGAAUACCUAAUUAUUAAUUGGGUAAUGUUAGGUAGACAAAAAAAAAAAAGAAGCCAGAAUUUGCCUUAUUUAG